CCACAAGCGGCCAUGGCCGACGUCAAGAUCAGGCUCGCGUUGUCAUCGCAGGAGGAUGCCGCCUUCAUCCUUGCGGCGUUUGACUCCGCCCUGCCAUUCCUCGCAUCGAUCGGGAGCGAGGCACAGUGGGGUAGCGUGCCCUUCAGCGCCAAGCCCGACGUAGUGGUCAGCAUGACGAAGGACGUGCAGCGGUCAGGAGACGUCUCGGCUCAACAUCAAGGCGGCAGGCUUCCGCUGCCCGCGGGCUGGACAAGAAUCUUCAUCUCGCUUUCGGCCAGCGGCACGCGGACCGGCGCGCUCUGCCUCAUCGCGGAGCCGCCCAGCUACGUCGCGUCGCUGCUGCCUGAGGGUCAUCAGUCGCUCUUCAUGAAGUUCCUCAUCACUGAUCGGAGGACGGGCGUCGAGGCGCAAGGCGCUGGCGCUGCUCUGAUCGCCCGUGCCAUGCAAGAAGCCCGCGACUGCGGCGCAGACUCGCUUUACUCCGAUUGCUGGGAGGGCAAUGGCGGCCGGCUGGUGCGCUUCUACGAACAGCAGGGCUUCACCGCCGGCGCGGCAUUUCGCGUGGACGGCAAGCACGGCCCCGGUCUGCCGUGGCAGGGGCGUGUGCUGUGCAAGCAGGUGCGCUGAGCAAGCGGAGGUGAAGAAUGAUACAUUGCGCAG